ACCAUAUAAAGACGCAGAUUAGUGCGAAGACAAUAAAUUUAUCAUUUACUUCUCAAAACUCGAAGUAACUAAAAUGGGUGUCGACAUUCUGUUCAAAUUUGUGAUACUUAUAGCUGUUGUAGUACAUGGAUACGAAUUCCCUGAAAAUUUCAAAAGAUGCGAAACGGAUGAUAAAAAUUUGGAUACCUGCUUGGCUUCAACGAUACAGAAUGCAUUUCAAUUGAUUGGGACAUCCGGUAUCACAUCGCUAGGGCUUCCCUCAAUUGAUCCUCUGAAAGUGUCUAGCCUAGAAAUAGGAGCAGGAAGCAGUGCAGUCAACUUGGUUCAAAAGUACAAAAACGCCAGAGUCUAUGGAUUAACGAAAACCAAAGUUACAUCAGCACACUUGGAUUUGGAUAAAAAAGUUCUAACAUUCACCUUAGUACACCCUGAAAUGAGACAGGAAGCUGAAUAUAGCCUUAACGGAAAGAUUCUGGUGUUCCCUAUGUAUGGAAGUGGAGAUUCAGUACUACUAUUCAAGGAACCAACCUUUGAUCAUACAAUUACUUUCAAAGAACAUACCAAAAAUGGCAAGAGAUACUUUCACGUGGAGACCUACAAAUUGAACAUCGCCAUUAAGGGUGCGAAAUAUGACUUCGAAAAUCUAUUUGAUGGUGACAAAAAUUUGGCAGAAAGCAUUCUGAAAGUAGUCAAUGAGAACUGGGACGUUAUUUUCGGCGACGUCAAAAGUGGGGUGGAGAAUGCCUAUGCUACUGUAUUCAAAUCAAUAGCCAGAAAAUUCUUCAAUACUAUUCCUGUUGACGAAAUCUUUCUCAAAUAAUUCUCUUGAUGAUAAUUAUGUUAUCAUCAACUAUCUAUGGAAAUAUUAUGAAUAUCUGUUAUUGUAAUAUAAUACGUAUUAUGAAAUCUG